AUGAGCUCCAAACCCAAGGCUCCUCCGUUGGACUAUAACAAGCUCCCAGAGCUGUCACUGGAUGCUGCCCCAACACUCAAGCGCUACCUCGACUAUCUAACAAAUGCUAUCAACUUGAAAUCUAGCGGAGCUCCACCCGCGGAAAUAUUCCAGCCGUUCACACCAUCCCAACUUCCCGCACUGCCAAGUUCCGUGGAACUGCAACGAUUGAAACAAGAACUCGAGGGUUUUGACCAGGCGACAAAGAGCAGACAGGACCAUGUGGCCCGUAACAUGCAAGCACUAGAAAGAUGGGUACCAGCAAAAUCCCUGUCCAACGAAGCAGAUAAAGGAAAGGAGGGUAUUCGCAUCAAAGAUGGAAAGGCAAUGGAAAAGCGAAAGGAAUUGUCAAAAGAAAAGAAAAUAAAGCUGUCGGGCGAUGAAUCCUCUCGAGACGAAGCUCGCGUAACGUUGAAACUUAAAAUAGCACCUCAAUCGGGUGCGAGAAACGAGAAAUCAGAUGACGGUAUCACACCGCUCGAUAGUCCCAUUUCUGUGUCUGCAGAUACCAAUAAAAAACGCAAACGUGAGAUGGACCACGACGAUGUGAGCGACACGGAUAGAGACAAGCGAUCCAGCACGAGUUCAAAUAGUACGUUGAAAGCUGGAGCGGUUCGAGUAGGCCUUGGAAUCGAACAGACUCCGAUUGCGCCAGGAAAGCCACCAAAUCACCGAUCUGUGGUUCCUAAGGCUAAACCGAGGACCAGCAAAAAAAGUGGUGCACAAAAAAAUAACAAGCUCAAGAAGCGAUCGAGCAUGGUGGAUUCGGAGGAUCUUGGACGACAAACACCAGAAAUAGAUGACAGGAUGGAUGGUGUAACGGACAUCCCAGUUGAAGGCGACUACACAAAAGCGAAACCAAUACAAAAUCAAAUUCCCAUCCAAACAUUUUGGGGUUUCGUCGAUCAAUUUUAUCGUCCUUUAACGGAGGAGGAUCUGAAGUACUUGGAUGCUCAAGGUGAUGAAGUAACACCGUAUAUUGUUCCCGGUCUGGGGCGGCCAUACAAAGAGCAGUGGGCUGAUGAAGAAGCUAAAUUCAUGUCCCAGCUGGAUGCUGAGCUAUCAGCUGCGUCGUAUUCUGCCCCACUAGGGCAAGAAUAUAACGAGAUUAAUGGAGCGGUUCACUGUGGGGACGUUUAUUUCAAGCCUUUGUCAGAACGAAUAAUUGCGUCGUUACUUGAAAACCGAAUUACAAGUUAUAUACCACCAAACAGUCCAAUGGGUGCUUGCGACUAUGAUAAAAUCAGCUUCAGGACCAAUGGUGACAUGAUGGACUUGGAACAGAGAAUGCGAAACGAGCUUCGCUUUAUCGGCCUUAUUGAUGAUGACGAGGAGGGGGCGGGAAACGAUGAAGAAGACGAGAUCAGUAAAGAUCUGCGGCGACUGCAGGCUCAGUUGCGCGAACAGGCGGCCAUCAACCGAUCCAGGAAGCAGCAACUGAAGGAGGUUGCUCAGAAGUGGAUGGCUUGGCAGGAAUAUAAUGGCGUACUAGAAGACAUCAAUAAAAACAUCGAGCAAGCAUAUACGAAACGCUUUAGAACACCCGCAAAAUCAAAGGGAAAGAAAAAGAUCCUGAAGGGAGAAUAUCGACCGAUGACGGAAGAUGUGAUGCAUUACUUGGCAAACCGCCAAAAAAUCAUCGACGAAGUCGGGGCUUUUUUUCCUCCAGAACAGUACAAGAUUCCGGAAACCUCAAUCUACUCACGCUGA